AGCCGCGUCAGUCGGAUCAGAGAGGUCUGCCGCGCCUGGCGCACGAAACUCCCUCUUUCCCUUGGUCGGCCGACGAAGACUCAAUGAGACAGUUCGCGGGGAAAGGAACCUGCCUCUGCACCCGAGUCCACUCAGCUCCCUGCACUCUGCAGCCCGAGUUGACCUUCCGCUUAGGGAACUACUCCGUAACUCGCCGAGAGACGAGGGACAAUCAUCGAUUAUAAGAGCGGCUUCGCGCUUCUUCCCGUGUAAAUAAGAAGACGAGAGCCAAGCGAGAAGCAGCAGCAGCAGCAGUAGCAGCAGCAGCAGCAGCAGCAGCAACAGCAACAGUAGAGCGGUCGACAAUCAUUCAACGAAGCGGCUAAGUAGAAAGUCGCGUAGUACGUCGGACUGGAGGAUAAGAGAGAGAAAGAGCACCUAUUCGCACUCCCUCGUGGGGAUUCCCGCCGCUCACGCCAGCAGUGAUUCUCAUCACCAGUUGACUCUCAGGUGAUAACUCCAUUCCGGUCGCUGGUUCUCUGCGGUGAAAACAGACAAGAGAUGGAAGAGUGGUUGGGUGUUGCGAAGAAUGCAGGCGAGAACAGGCCUGCAGCGGAACUCCUUGGUGGUCAUCAUCAGUGGUAUGCAACCAGUCAUGCAAGGCCGACAUACUGCAAUGUCUGCAGAGACGCGCUUUAUGGGGUGACAUCUCACGGUUUGAGUUGUGAAAUUUGUAAAUACAAAGUACAUAAGCGAUGCAGCGAAAAAGCAAUAAACAACUGCAAGUGGACCACAUUAGCAUCAAUUGGAAAAGACAUAAUAGAGGACCAAGAUGGAAAUAUAAUAAUGCCCCAUCAAUGGUUGGAAGGCAAUCUGCCAGUAGCUUCAAAAUGUGUGAUCUGCGAAAAGACUUGCGGCUCUGUAUUAAGUAGGUUACAAGACUGGAGGUGCAUAUGGUGCAAGGCCACAGUACACACUGCAUGCAGGCCUUCUAUAAGCAUAAAGUGUCUCUUAGGACCAUCUAAGCUGAGCGUAGUACCACCAACUGCAUUACAUAGCAUAGAUGAUGCAGGUAGUGACGAGGCAUGGGACGCGGUUAGGCCAGUAGGCUGUAGUCCACUUUUAGUAUUUGUUAACAGUAAGUCGGGUGACAAUCAAGGAAUUAAAUUUCUCAGAAGAUUCAAACAAUUAUUAAAUCCGGCCCAAGUGUUUGAUCUCAUCAACGGCGGCCCCGGCCCUGGGCUGAGACUCUUUCGGCAUUUCGACCCCUUCCGGAUUUUGGUCUGCAGCGGAGAUGGCUCUGUCGGCUGGGUCCUCUCCGAAAUUGAUCGAUUAGGAAUGCACAAACAAUGCCAGGUGGGAGUGCUGCCGUUGGGUACCGGCAACGAUCUUGCGCGAGUCCUGGGUUGGGGCGCCUCCUGUGACGAUGACACUCACCUGCCGCACUUACUGGAGAAGUACGAGAAAGCCGGCACAAAGAUGCUCGACCGCUGGAGUAUCAUGACCUUUGAACGCAGCAUCUCGUUGCCCUGUCACAAAAUCCUAAACCAAUCGGACUCAGCGCUAAGCCAAAGUAUAGUGCAAGAAUACGAGGACAGCGUGAUUUCGCACAUCACGAAUAUUCUGCACUCCGAGCAAGAGGGCAUAGUCAUAUCCAGUGCCAAAGUAUUGUGUGAAACAGUAAAAGAUUUUGCUGUCCGAAUAUCGGAGGCGAGUCUCAGCACGGGUGACCAACAAUUGGGCGAAAAAUGCGAUGUACUACAGCAAAAGCUCGAUUUGCUGCUGCAUACGUUACACAAGGAGGAGACAUUUUUAUCGGUUAACGGAGAUGAUACCAACGCAGAUACUUUGAGAGACGAUAAUUUGCCGUCGCUGGACGAUCAGGAAAAGGGCUUGCUGGAAAAGCCCGAGAAGGACAUGACAAAUUUAAGAAGAGUACGCAAAAGAAAAGGCUUUGAAGAGAAUCAAGCUGUGAUCUCCAGGGCUAAUAGUUUAAAACGAGCCAUUCGUCAAUUGGUUGAGCAUACCGAGCAAGCUGUGGAUGAACAGAAUUGUUCUGUGAAGUCUCCUAAUUUUACCAUUACCACUGAUGAAACAAAUGACGCUGAUGGUAAAAGACGACAGCUAGACAUUCCUGAGAUUAGAACGGAAAAUUAUGUGGAUAGUUUGAGCGUGACACCAACGUUAGAGUCAGCAAGCAGCGGUGAUCCAUCACCAUGUUCUUCACCAACACCUAACGUCGCUUCACUCAGUCCUAUGCCGGACAUCAGGCGAGAUUCGCAACCCGAAGAGAUGCUGACAUUGCCCGCACCCGAUGGUUUUGCUGAUAGCAGAAGAAAUAGCUCGAAUUUGCCGCAAGGUGGGACGUUUACUAUCCUAGACUUUUCGGUCUUCAGCUUUGAAGCAGCUGCGGUAGAGUCAGCCGUAAACCAACUGAAUCAACAUCAGCAGGAACCGCAUCCACAAAACUACGAGGCGUCUGAACCUACCCAUCAAGAAACUCAAUCGGAUAUACCAGUGACCGUUACACCCACGACAUUUGAUACGAGUUCACCUUCUGAUGACACAACGAUACAGGAUGCCAUGAUUUCGCCGGACACGGAUUCUGUGCCGUCAGGCGAUAUUUCACCUGAAUGUCCAGACACAAGAUCGGGAAAUUACCAAAAGAAUGGCACACCUCGAGGAAGCUGCACUAAUAGUACUGUCAGUUCAGACAGUAUGGUUUCGGAUUCGUUUGACUCGAAGAAUUACAUUGUAAAGAACAGCGAAAGUGAAAUCGGGAAUAAUAUAGAUAGCGAUAUUCUUGAUUCCACGAAACGCUCCGAGAUGUCUGAAAUUGGUCACAUAGACUCCCCCGAGAAUUCAGACCAGUGCACGAGCGACAUUCCGAAUUCUGAGAGCAUAAUUGACGAUCUGAGUUCGCUUGGACAAGACUUAAUCAGCACAAUGCUAGGAGAGAAGUACGAUUCUGUGAGAGAGUGUCUCGAGUCAGAUCAAAUGGAAAAACCUCCGAGAUUUUGCAGUCUAGCUAAGUUUGUUGAAGGCAAUGACAUUGCAAGGAGAUCUUUCAAGAGGCAAAGGUCAAAAGUCAAUAAAGAAGGUAUAUUUAAAGGAAGGCCAUUAGGACCAUUUGGGAACAUCAUAGAGAAGACCAAAAGUGAUCAGUCGAAUGAACAAAGUCCAGAAGACAACGAAGAAGAGGAAAAGUCGGGAGAUUUGCUCAACGCUCCCGUCUGCCGCUUCACUGUCACAUCGAGUCCAAGUCCGUCUAAAGACAACUCUCCGAACUUUCCGCCAGCUAUUAGCGUGAUUGUUGAUCCGCCAAGUCCAUCUACUUCUGUUAAAAGUAAACAAGAUAACGACUUUGGCUUUCACCGACUUGGUGCCGAAUUUCGUAGAUAUAGUAGAGGAAGUAUGGAGAAAUUAAGCGUCGAACUGCCAGAAGGUACGGGCUGCUCUCCGCAAGCAACGCGACGUAUCAGCAGUGGCAGUUUGUUAAAAUCUUCCGAAGUUGUUUCACUGGCUGCGACAGCCGCGAGAUUCGGAGGUUCCAGCAUGAGUUUAAGACAUGAACGUGCGAAAUCUAUUGACAAGACUGAUGACGUUAAAAAGCUUCCAAUCAUAAAUCCAUUAGUUAGACUACCAAUGUGGCCAAAUGUUAGUGGAGGAUUAAUAAGUCAAGCUCUUUUGGCUAACGCCGAUGCGCUAUGUGCAGCAGUUUCUCCUUUGAUGGAUCCAGAUGAAACAUUAAUGGAAGGUUAUUUUGAACGUUGCGUCAUGAACAACUAUUUUGGAAUUGGUAUAGACGCGAAAAUUAGCUUAGACUUCCAUCACAAACGGGAAGAACAUCCAGAAAAAUGCAGAUCACGUGCCAAAAAUUACAUGUGGUAUGGUGUAUUGGGAUCGAAACAAUGGUUGCAGAAAACUUACAAAAAUCUUGAUCAAAGAGUACAGCUUGAAUGUGAUGGGCAAAGAAUACCUUUGCCAUCCUUGCAAGGCAUCGUGGUAUUAAAUAUUCCAAGUUUCAUGGGUGGUACGAAUUUCUGGGGUGGAACAAAGGAAGGUGAUCUUUUCUUAGCUCCGUCUUUCGAUGAUCGUAUACUUGAAGUAGUUGCUGUCUUCGGCUCUGUACAAAUGGCAGCAUCAAGACUGAUAAACUUGCAGCAUCAUAGGAUUGCGCAGUGUCAAACUGUGCAAAUUAACAUUCUAGGAGAUGAAGGAGUUCCUAUUCAAGUUGAUGGCGAAGCUUGGGUACAGCCACCUGGAAUCAUCAGGAUCAUUCAUAAAAAUCGAAUGCAAAUGUUGUACAGGAAUAGGGCUUUGGAAACGUCGUUGCGAGCGUGGGAGGAGAAACAACGCAGCACGAUGGCCGCCGUCGCACAAUCCUCAUCGACUCUUGGCACAUCGUCACGAUCGCAUAGUCAAGCGCAGAUUGACGUCAAGCAAGCAACCCUUACUGAAGAGGAAAUGGCUGUUCUGCUAGGUUUCAUCGAAGUUGUCACAACUCUUGUGAAGUGGGUCAAGCUGCUCAUCAUUUCGCACCCUAGCUUGGAGCCUGAUCUCUAUCAAAUUGCUGCACGCACUGCUAUCGCUUUAGAAAAAGUACAUCCAGAUGGAAAAAUUUUGCCUGGGCCAAACUUAAGACCAGUGGUUACAGAAGUGGUUUCUAGUGCAAGACAACUCUAUGAAGAAUCUUGCGAGUUGCUCAGAGAUAAAGCUCAUAACUUGAGGCUACGCGAAGAUUUGGAAAAUAAAUUAUCGAUAUCCUUGGCCACAAUGGAGCAGGAACUUCGCAAAUGCAUAUUCGAUGAACGGGGAACUGGGCUUGUGUAUUUACAAAACAUUUCAACUGACGAACAGACCGACAAAAAGAAUCGUCAUCGAGGCUUGUUCUGGUUAAAGUUCCGUCGUUCGGGCGGCAACAGCAGCAAUGCCUCGUCGCCGCGCGACCCCUGUCGCGAUCAGGUUACACUUUGGGGAGUUCAAGAGGUCUGCUCCUGGUUGGAAAAUCUACAGCUUGGCGAGUAUGCAGAGAACUUCAUGUCACAUGAUAUCAGAGGCAGAGAAUUACUGACUCUGGCAAGGCGGGAUCUUAAAGAGCUUGGUAUCACCAAGGUUGGACACGUCAAGAGGAUUCUUCAGGCCAUCAACGAUUUGAACAGUUAAAUGGACUUAGUCAAAAGUCGUUCGACGAAUCAUUCAAUACAGAGGCUCAACUCAUGACUUUCAACAAAUUCGCAGGUUGAUACGGUAGAAGCCAAAACGCAAUACGCUAUUUUGUUCAAAAUUUAAAAAAAAGUAAUCCAAUUCAGAAAUUGUUAAUACUAUUUCAUAAAAAAAUAUCUAAAGACGGCUGUCAUUUCGUUCAUCAUUAAAUGUAUGAAAAAUUAAUUAGUUAAUGCUCAAUCUUUAUUUUAUAAAAUUAAUUAUGAUCAUGAAUAGUCAAUUUUAACAAAUGAUUCGUCAUGCGAAAAUUUGACUUCUUGAUAUUUAAAUGGAAAGGUAACAAUAAAAAACGGAAAGUAUCCGUUUACGAGUUUGUUUAGAAGCAAUAAGGAGCGUACUUCAUUGUAUUUAAAAAUUGGAGCUUCCCCCUUUUUCUUAAUUGAUCUCAAGUCGCUUAGAGUAGAUAUUUUUGUUAUUCCUGGCUACAAGACUAGAUUCCUAAAAUGAGUGAUCUAAAGAAAAAACUAGAUCUCGAUUUUAUACAGCCAUGAGAAUAUCUUUCUAUAAGGUUUCAUUUUAAUGCAAUUGAAAACAAUCAGACACCUCUAUCUAUUAUAAAAUAAUUUAUUAUUUUAUAUUUAUUACUCACUAAUCUACGAUUGUUUUCAAUUGUUAUUGUUGUAUCACAGCUAAAUCUUUUAUUGUGGUAGUCAUUUCAUUUAAAUGAAAAAGAAACUGAAAUAAGAAGAAAUCAACGAAAAUCGCAAAAUUAAGUUAAGGGAACAUUAAAAAUAUUGUUAGGGCAACAUUAUAGAGAACAUGUUAUGUAGUCUUUGUAGAAUGUUGAAAUAAUCUUCUCCAAAAAAUUGUAUAAAGAUAAAAAUCUUAGAUUGUAAGUUUCUAGUUCUUUGGUGACUUUGUAUAUCAAAGUCUACAAAAAAUCACACAGUACUUUACCGAGUUUUACAGAACUUGGAUCAAAAAUUGAAACAAAACAAAAUCCUCUUGUAGUAGUUAGUUAUCAUUAUUAUUACUAUUGAUUAUUAAUCUUGUUCCAAGUCGAUAUAACGUAUGCGAACAAAAUUUAAUGGAAAAAGAAGGAAAUCUAUUCCUUGCGUGCGCACUCGCUAAUUCGACGGUUGUUGUAGAACUUAGUCUUUUUUACGAAUCUCUAGUAUUAUAUACACAGGUAGUGUUAUACGUAGUAAAAAUCUAUUUCACGUAGUUUGACGUGAUAUUAUAUUGAUAACAAAUGACACAGUCUGUAAACUAAAAAAACGACUCUUCUAAAAAGAAAAUAACACAUUUAAGAGAGAAACUGUGACGUCGAGGCAGAGUCGAAUUAAAAAAAGAUGAGCAAUCAAACGAUGGUGCAAUAAAGUCAGUAUUUUUUAAUGUUAAAUGAAUAUAUUUAGACAUCGUAUUUUGCAAGCAUGUUAUUGUAUUUAAUGUUUUUUUUUCUCUCUACGAAACAAAAUUUUCAAACACUACAUUCGCUUAGAGGAAAAUUUAGUAUUACAAUAUAUGCAAAUUUUUUAAACUAUAUGAUUUUUAUUAUAUUUCAUUUUAUUUAUUUGGAUUUUAAACAUGAAAAUUUCUUUCACCUACGCUUUUAAUUUAAUUACUAAAAUCUGAGGUUUAAUUAUUUUUAUAACUAAACUUGUGACUAUUGCGAACUGAUUACAAAAAAAAAAGGAAAGACUUAAAAUAUUUCUCAAUAACUUUAUCCUCGCGAAAAAAAUAUUUUAUCCAUAACCAGCGAUAUCAUAUGAAACAUACAUGUAUUAUUUAACUCGACCCUAAAUAUUUUUGCAUGCAUUUUUUUGUUCACAGUGACUCAUAAAUAAUGCACAUUGUAUAAAACAAACCGGAACAAUUGUCUUGAUAGUGUAAAGCAUUUUGAAGUUAAUUUUCUGAGAAGCUCAUUACAUGCUUUCAUGACCAAAACCUUUUUGUAAAACUAUAUACAGCCUCUCAUAUAAUAUUAAAGAAGGGAGAUAAAUGUGACGGCCCUAGAAUCUCAUCGUUAUAAUAUUUUUGCAUCGUUACAUUUUCUCAGCACAAAAAUUAUCAAAAUGGAUAAUCUGUCGCCCAGAGUAUACAUGAUUUUGAUGUCCCUUGAGAACAAUAAAUUAUUUUUCUUACUCAUGAUAAAUUUUAAAACCGUAAAGACAAAAUAAAAAUAUGUGUGUUCGGAGUUCUAGGGUUGUAAAUAAGCGGGACAUGUGCGCGACGAGCACAAAAGUGCCUGAAGUUACGGACAGGAAAAUGCGUGAUCUUCUUCUGACUGCACUGUGCCUCUGUACGAUUUCUUGUCGGUCACGUAUGCACAUGUAAACAUGUCGACGGAAAUAUGAACUUUCGAAAGCGCCUUCCUCAAGCUACAUACGACUAAAAGCUCCAUAUUAAUACUGUUAAUUAAAUGAAAUAAUAAUACAAAUAAGAGGAAAAAUCUUGAAUGCACAACCGUGUAAAUGUACAAAAGUCGAUAUUUUACUCAUUAGCUCUCUUGGCACCUUGGCAUGAGUUGACGCUACUUUGUCGAGUAGAGAAAACUUAAAUAUCCAAAAGUGUUGACAAAGUCGCAAAACAAAUUAAUAAUUAGAUAAUUCACUCCAAGGUGUUGAGAGAAUCAAAUUAAAUACGGGACAAAGAUAAAAUGCACCCAUGAGCAAGUAAGCCUCUCUUUAAUUCGUGUUUCUGCUCUAUGUAAUUCACCUUUCUUUUUUCUCUAUCUAUUUAUCUAACCUAUUAUUAUUAAAAAGUUCUCUGUGGUAUUUUCACACACUCGCAGCCAUGCAUGCAUAAAACAGUUCUAGUCUAUAACAGGCAAAGUUGUUUCAGUAAGAGAAGGUGAAAUAGAGAGAAAGCUUGUUGAUGUUCGACAAUUUUCUGUUUCCUCAAGCGCUGCUAUUAUUUAAACUGAUUAUGAAAUGAUAUAACAUAUAAGCCUUCUUUCAAGGAAAAAUAAUAACAAUGAUGAAAAUUGUCACUGUCCAAUGUGUUCAAAUAAUUGACAAAUUAAUUUAUUCAUUAAUUUGUGUUGUUUGAGAACUCAAGUUAUUUGUAAGCGGAGUGAAAGAAAAACGAAUUCUUGUAUUCGCUGUAUAAUUUAUCAUUAUCAUCAACGUACUGUUACUGCAUAGUUUUUAUUAACAACUCUUAUGUACUGAUUAUUGUAUUCAAAACGCAAUGCAACUAGCUAAUCUAAGUGCAAAAUCAAUUUGUUAGACUUUUAGAAGUUACAAAUUUUAUAAAUAAUGAAUAUUAAACCCAUAUUAAAAACAAUCGUUGAGACAGCUUCACAUCGUCAUUAAAGAAAACUUUUGUUCGAUUUAAAAUCAUUAUGCGUUAACUAAAUGUCUCCUUCACGAUAUUUGAAGUUAAAACCUUCAUGAAAGAACCAAAGAGAAGAUUAUUAUAAUUGUAACGGUAUUUCCUGUUUUUGCUAGACUUAUGCACCGUACUUAAAAUAAAAAGAAAAUGAGUGGUUCGUAUUUACAAAACGUACUAGUGUAAGAAAAUUGCAUCAUCAUUAUUGUGGUGAUCAAAACUCAAAAGAACAAAAAAUAUAACGAAAAUAUCCCGCUGAAAAAUAGACUAAACACUUCUUCAAUACGUUUUAUCGUUCAGCUAACAUUGUCGUUUACAAAUAUUACGUUAUAUUUGUAUUCUUUCUAUUACAUUACUCACGUAAGAAAAAUUUAGUAAAUAUGAUUUAGCUAUUUCAGCGGGUAUCUUGCGAAAGACUGUCUUGAAAAAAAGCGUUCUGUUGCAGUCUUUGGACGAAAACUCUUGCCUUUUUAUCAUAGUACUACUUGUACAUACUCACGAAUGAACCCGAUCAGGAAUAAAAAAAAUAACUCGAUUAAAAUAGUAUCUUAAACUGUUCAACUUUUUUUCGAAAUAAAUUUCUAAUCAUUAACAAUUUGAAUCUAUAGUCAAGAAAUGUAUGAUUUUAAAUUAAGAUACUAUUUUAAUAAUUAAAAAAAACCUUCUGAAUCUGUAGUCUGAAAGAUUCAAAACCACAUUCUAAAUUAUCAAAACAGCAAUGGCUCGAUAGAUCUUUACUAUUUUAGACUUUUCCAUCGUCUGAUGUUAUGUAUGAAAGUGCACUUUCUUUCAGCUCGACAUUGUUGUUACUAUUGAAAAAUAUAUUAUAUUAUACUUCAAUAUAUAAGUAUAAAGAUCAUUUUUGCAAUGUUACAAAACUAAGAAAUAGUAUGAUAACAAUAAAAUAAAAUGAUUGUUGCAAGUCAAGAAAAAAUCUGUUUAACAAUUUUCAGACUGCGACAGAAAGGAUGCACGUAGAUAAAAACGAAUGAUUAAUAAUUUUAAAAAAUUGUGAAGUGGUAGCUAAAAAUUUGUAAGCGUAGUUUCUAUUGUGCGGAAUGUCACGAGUUAUAACCAAUAUUUAUAUUUAAAAAUACUGUGAUAAACGAAUAUUAAUACAUAUUGUAUACUUGCAAACACUUAAAAACUUGUGCAGCCAUUGCACCGUUAAUUUAAAAAACAAAUGCUUUGGACAUUUUCGAUCCUUGCAUGGAGUCUAUAUAACCCCGUAUACUUAGAAUGUUAUUGUCUUUCUAUGAUCGUGUUUCUUAUCCUUUUUUACUCUGUUUCGUGUAAAUAUAUUAUGUAAAAUAUGAUCGUUAUUUGUCUGUAAUCACCGAUAAGACAACUAAUUCCUUUUAAUGUAAAAUAUUAAUACAUAAGUUUCUUUUUCAAAAAAAAAAUAAUAAAUAAAUAAACAAAUAAAGUCGUUAAUCAACGCACUUUUUCAAGAA